CUCCGUGAAGUCCCGCCCCGCGACGUCCACGCGCGGCGACGGGGAUGGGGUCGUGUGGCUGCGCGGUUCGGCGGCUCGGGCCGCUGUUGUGGCGCAGAGCACUCACCUGUGGAGCGGGGCCCAUGGCGGAGGCCGGGCCUCGGCUUGGACCGCUGGCGGUGGAGCGGCUUCCUGCGGGACUAGCGUUCGGCCGGGCCUGUCUGGCCCGCGACCUUGUGCGGGGCCUGCACAGUGGUCCCGGGCUAGAGGAGCGGGCGGAGGGUACAGCUGGAGAGGGACGCCCGGAAUUGGUCACAGCAGAUCAUAUGGGUCCCAAGUUUGACAUCGAUAUGCUGGUUUCACUUCUGAGGCAAGAAAAUGCAAGAGACAUUUGUGUGAUCAAGGUUCCUCCAGAAAUGAAAUACACAGAUUACUUUGUGAUUGGUAGUGGAACAUCUACCCGACACUUACAUGCCAUGGCCUACUACAUUGUGAAGAUGUACAAAUAUCUGAAAUGUAAAAGUGAGCCUCAUGUUAAGAUCGAAGGGAAGGACACUGAUGACUGGCUGUGUGUGGAUUUUGGCAGCAUGGUGAUUCAUUUGAUGCUUCCAGAAACCAGAGAAAUCUAUGAAUUAGAGAAACUAUGGACCCUACGUUCUUAUGAUGACCAGUUAGCUCAGAUAGCACCUGAGACACUGCCUGAAGACUUCAUUCUUGGAAUAGAAGAUGACACUUCAUCCUUGACUCCAGUGGAGUUCAAAUGUGAAUAAAAUUGUAUGAACUGCUUUAGUCA